AUGGAUGAUAUCCACACUCUGCUCCACUUGGGAGCUACGAAGUCCUACGGACUAACGUGCUGCCCUCUCUGCAAUUCAUCUGGGUCUCUCGACGCCCCCGAAUUGAUUGACCACGUCUUGCAACACACCCACGACUUUGCCUUGCGGGCACUGCCGUGGCCCAAACACAGGGAUCAUGCCCGAAGCCUACCGGGCACGUACGACUCGAAAAUCCCCAAUGCGGACCUUGUAAGAUCGUGGUUGGAUGAUGUUAUUGAAGAAACUACGGACUCAAUUGCUGCACAGCUGGAUCUGAGGUCCUGGGACAGAGCUACCCAGGAUCCUAACGAAGAGUGCAGCGGCUUCGACUACUUCGAGAAGAAUGACUAUUUCGCGGACUGCUCUAGUAGCGCCUCUCUCGCGGCCCUGUCAGAGCAGUCUGGCAUGCACUCAUGUACUGCAGCAGUUUCGGGCCUUGAAGAAGCUGUCCACCGGGAUGGUUUAUCCUCGGCGGCGAGCGUUAUCGCAGUCAUUCAACUGACAGGAAACCUCGUGAAGCUUUGCGGGAUCUACAUUCAAGAGGUGAACGAGGCACGAGACGAGAUUUUAACCCUACAAGGGGCAAUUUUAGGCCUCCAAGGAACACUCCAAGACCUGCAGAAACUCCUCCAAAGUAACGACGGAGAGGCUCUACCUACCUCCUCACGACUUGUCAGCAAUAUUACCGAUUGCGUCUUCGACCUCCGAGCCUUACAGGCGAGACUUGAUCUAGGAAAUCGAAAGAAGCUGACGAGGGAGAUGGGAUUACGAGCCUUAACGUGGCCCCUUAAACGCACAGAGGGGGAGGGCGUUGCCCAGAACCUCGAGAGAUACCAAUCUUCAUUUCUCUUAUCUUUACAGGUGGAUCAGAGUUCUAUGGAUCUUAAGAAGUUAGAAGGUGCGAUAGAGGCAGGAUUUGAGUCAUUCUCCGAUCGAGACGAAGUCCAAUGUCUCCAAGGCACUAGGACCGAAAUUCUUCAUCAGAUAAUGGAAUGGGCAAUGUCGCCUUCCCAAAAAAGCAUCUUCUGGUUAAAAGGAAUAGCUGGGACAGGAAAAUCCACGAUAUCCCGGACUGUGGCAAAAUCUCUUGAGGACACUAACCACCUAGGUGCUAGCUUCUUCUUUAAGAGGGGUGAAGGGGACCGAGGGAACGCUAAGAAGUUUUUUCCGACACUAAUAUGGCAACUGAUGCUCAGAAUUUCAGAGCUAAGGUCUAGCGUACAGAAGGCACUCUAUCACGACCCUAACAUUAUGUCUAAAACUCUUAGGGAGCAGUUCGAGAAAUUACUCCUUCAACCGCUGCUCAAUCUUGACCAACUUGGCCGACAACCUCAAACCGCUGUGAUAGUGAUCGACGCUUUAGACGAAUGUGAACAUGACCACGAUGUCCGGAACAUCAUUCGAUUACUACCUCUUCUACAGAAGGCAAAGGCUGUUCGCCUUCGGAUCUUCUUAACAAGCAGACCUGAACUCCCAAUCAGCCUCGGCUUUAAAGAGAUCGCGGAUUAUGAAUAUCAAGACCUUGCUCUUCACGAGAUAUCCGAAGAAGUGAUAGAACACGACAUACAUUUAUUCCUACUAGACCGAUUUGCGAAAAUUCAACACGAUAGGAAUAUUUCUAAAGAUUGGCCCGGCGACAACAUCAUCCGAGAACUAGUCACUAUGUCCGCUCCACUGUUUAUUUCGGCUGCCACUAUUUGCCGUUAUAUCGAAAAUUCGGAAUGGGACCCUAAAUUACGCCUCGCAGAGUUUCUAACUGACCAAGCCAAAUAUAUAUCGAGAAUGGAUAAGACGUACCUACCAAUUCUAACGCGACUUCUGGACGAUCAAGAGAGUGAUGAAUCGGAGCAGCAGCAGCAGCAGCUCCUACAAGAGUUCCAGAAUACAGUCGGUGUUAUCGUCCUUCUUGCUGUUCCGCUUUCUAUAAAUGCGCUGUCGCAGUUUCUAGGGAUAGGAGCAGACAAGAUUAGCAAUCUAUUGGAUUUAUUCCGAUCGGUGUUAAGCAUUCCCGGUGACCGAAAUCAGCCUGUUAGGAUUCUACAUCUAUCUUUUCAGGAUUUUUUGGUCCAGUCUAAAACCAAGUUUUUGGUGGAUAAGCCAAAAAAGCACAAAGACAUAGCUAAGUUCUGUCUCAAAACUAUGCGGAGUCAUCUACAGAAAGACAUCUGUAAUCUAGCAAGCCCUAGAACGCAUAGGGCAGACAUCGACCCUCAACAUAUCCGCCAGUAUCUACCACCGGAUUUACAAUACUCUUGCCGCUACUGGAUACACCAUCUCGAAAAAAGUCAGGCUUUAUCCUCCGAGAUAGAAGAUGUGCGACUAUUCCUACAGAAGCAUUUCCUACAUUGGGUAGAAGCCAUGAGUCUUCUUGGCCUUACAUCCGAAGUUGUGAAAAUAAUCAAUCUAGUACAAACGGCCAUACUUGGAGACAUUGAACAUGAACUUGCAGACUUUCUACAUGACGCAUAUAGAUUUGUCCUCAAGAAUAGACAAAUUGUCGAUGUUGCACCCCUUCAACUUUAUUGCUCAUGCCUUGUGUUUGCACCUAAACAUUCAAUAAUUCGGAGACUGUUCUGUGGGGAGCUCCCAUCUUGGAUUUCUGGGUUGCCAAAUACUGAAAAAGAUUGGAGCGCAGAGUUACAAACCCUAGAGGGCCAUGCUGGUUCGGUUCGUUCGGCGGCCUUCUCGCCAGACGGACAGCUAGUCGCGUCCGGCUCGACGGAUAAAGCUAUAUGGCUUUGGGACACGAUAGGCACGCUCCAGCAGACCCUAGAGGGCCAUUCUGGCUUGGUUCAAUCAGUGGCAUUCUCGCCCGAUGGCCGGCUAAUCGCGUCUGGCUCUACGGAUGAGACUGUACGGCUCUGGGAUACGGCCACAGGCAGUCUACAGCAGACUCUUGAGGGCCAUUCUAGCUCGGUGAACUCGGUGGCCUUCUCUCCCGCCGGCCGACUACUGGCGUCCGGCUCUGCGGAUCGGACAGUGCGUCUAUGGGACACGGUGACGGGUGUGCUCCAACAGACUUUUGAGGGCCAUUCACAAGAGGUUCAUUCAGUGACCUUCUCACCCAAUGGCCGACUUAUCGCGUCUGGCUCUGCGGAUGAGACUGUACAGCUUUGGGAUACGGCCACAGGCGGUCUACAGCAGACUCUCGAGGCCCAAUCUAGCUCGGUGAACUCAGUGGCCUUCUCUCCCGCCGGCCGACUACUGGUGUCCGGCUCUGCGGAUCGGACAGUGCGUCUAUGGGACACAGCGACGGGUGUGCUCCAACAGACUUUCGAGGGCCAUUCACAAGAGGUUGAAUCAGUAGCCUUCUCACCCGACGGCCAACUACUGGCGUCCAGCUCUACGGAUCGGACAGUGCGUGUAUGGGAUACGGCGACGGGUGCGCUCCAACAGACUCUUGAGGGCCAUUCACACGAGGUUCAUUCAGUGACCUUCUCACCCAACGGCCAACUACUAGCGUCCAGCUCUACGGAUCGGACGGUGCGACUCUGGAACACAGCGACGGGCGUACUUCAGCAGACUCUCAAGGCCAAGGGCCAUUUACAUGAGGUUAAUUCAGUGGCCUUCUCGCCCGACGGCCAACUACUGGCGUCCAGUUCUGCGGAUCGAACAUUGCGGCUCUGGGACACAGCAACCGGCUCGAUCACGCAGAUUCUGGGGGAAGGUUGUGGUUCAAUUGCGUCAAUAGCCUUCUCAACCGACGGCCGAUCUGUAAUCACCAAUCUUGGACCCUUCGACAUCCGUUCCGAUAUCCAGUCCGGCCAUGAAAUUCCUCUUGAUAUACCACUGAAUAGCAUCGACAUAUCAGUGUCAGAUGGUCAGUGGAUCAAAAUCCACGGCAAAGAAGCCCUGUGGCUUCCUCCUGGAUACCGGCCUACCUGUAUAGCGACGUAUAGUAACACUAUCGCCCUUGGCCAUGCAUCUGGACGUGUCUCAUUUAUAUCGUUCUCCUCUAGUAGUGAUACACUAAUGUAG